GCGACCCGCGCUGCUGCCGCGGCUGCCGGCGGUGCGGCGGCCGGUGCGCCUGUCCUUCCCCGCGCUGCUCUCCCACCGUCAGCAUGAAGGUCGAGUUUGCCCCUAUCAACAUCCCCUUAAGGAGGAGGAUCCAGACAGUCGCCGUGCUACAGUGGAUCUUCUCUUUCCUCCUGCUGGCAGAGUUUUGCUGGGGAUUCUUUGUGAUCCUGAUCCUGGGCAACUUCUGGUUCCUUGCUGUUCUGUACCUGCUGUGGCUCUACUUUGACUGGGAAACGCCAUGCACAGGAGGCAGACGGUCCCAGUGGGUCAGAAGCUGGACUGUUUGGAAGCACUUUAGGGAAUACUUUCCCAUUCACCUUGUAAAAACUUCAGAUUUGAGCCCAAAACACAACUACUUACUUGGCUUUCACCCUCAUGGGGUCCUUGUAGCUGGAGCCUUUGGAAACUUUUGCACUGGUACAGGUUUCAAAAACUUAUUUCCUGGGCUAACCCCAUAUCUUCAUAUCAUGCCCAUGUGGUUUGGCUGUCCCUUCUUCAGAGAAUACAUCAUGAGUGCUGGAAUGGUGUCUGCAUCCAAGGAGAGUGUCUCAUAUGUGCUGAAUAACAAGGGAGGCGGCCACGCAUCCAUCAUUGUGAUCGGAGGAGCAGAGGAAUCUCUGAAUGCACAUCCUGGAAGUUUAACUUUGACCAUCCUCAAGAGGAAGGGCUUUAUUAAAAUGGCCUUGAAACAUGGGGCUCAUCUGGUUCCAGUGUUUUCCUUCGGUGAAAAUGAACUGUUUAAGCAAGUUGCAAACCCUAAAGGUUCAUGGCUCAGAAAUCUACAGGAGAAGUUGCAGAAGAUAAUGGGCUUUGCUUUACCGCUAUUUCAUGCUAGAGGAGUGUUUCAGUACAGUUUUGGCAUUAUACCUUACAGGCAACCUAUUCACACUGUUGUGGGAAGCCCCAUUCCUGUAAAACAGAAGUUGAACCCCACCUCUGAAGAGAUUGAACAGCUACACGCAUUGUAUCUACAGAAACUAAGGAAAUUAUUUGAAGAGCAUAAAAAAGAUUAUGGGAUACCUGAGCAUAAAUCUCUUAUAUUUGAGUAGCAAGUGACAAUUUGUAAUUCCAAAUCUCACGGAAAGAAACAGUAUGUACUGAAAUAUGUAUUUCUUGCAAUCUGUAUUUUGCAAUCUGUAAUUAUCCUUGUGUAAGGAAUAAUUUAAAGGAGGGAUAUAUUAGAUGAUUUAUUGAUUUUUAUCUUACUUGUGGGGGAAAAAAUUUCUUAGGGUGUAAGCCAGUGCUGUUUUGAGUUGUCCUUUUAGGUUCUUCCAUACCAGAAAUGCAAGUGAGAGACUUCACACACAAGUUCUUACUGUUGUGGUGGGUAACCAUAGCUUGCGCAGAGGCAUGAUCUCAGCAUGAGAUCAUGAGCAGGAAAAGCAUAAACCCAAGAAGUCUUUGACUUGCCAGCAUGUGUCAAACAUUGCAUCACGUUGUUAUCUGAAUAUCAGAAAACCCUGCUGCUCUUCUAUAGAAGUGAAGGAAUGUUUUCAACAGAUGGCUAUUCUAAGCCAUUUAUAUGUGAAUCCAAGAAUAAAUAAAUAGGAGCUUUCUGCCCUGAAUCAGAUAUUGGCAAAAGUGAUCUGUCCAAGUUAUGGAGCAGAACAAACCCUCUCUUAGGAGGUGAAUAGUGCGUUCAGUUUUCUGUGUGCACAUACAUGCUGGGUGGUGGGAUGCACUGAAUGAUGAGACUUUUUUGGACAAGCUGUACUUUGUAUUGUCAGUUUGGAAGAUGAAGCAGCUUUGUUUGGUAAUUCCAGCCUCAGAGGAGAUGGCAGGCACAGGACAGGAGAAGUGUAUUAAGGAAGCUAGUGGGAGAAUCAUGUGAAUUUUAUGUCUUGUGCCUAUUAAAAAUGAUCACAUGCCGAACAACUCCACAAAAGGAAGGGGAGCCUGGUUCUAGUUCUGAAACUUCACCAAGGAAAGCAAACUAGAAACAUGCCUUUUUCUUCUCCACUGAUAGGUAGAUGUAGGGAAGUAUGUGGAAGGUUGUGGUGUAGUGUGACAGCUGUGCAGCUGUAAUUGCCAAGGCAGCGUGAGCACAGCUGUAGGGUACAGCAGGUUAAGAGGAUGCUUUGUAUACAAUCAGGUCUCUAAAUUCUAGAGAAGGUUUAUCUUAAGUGUGAAUUUAAGAAAAUAAAAGGAAUCUUAGCCAAACUCUUUUUCAGUUAAGAUGUCUGGGUCUUGGAGUUGAUGGUGUGUGAAGAGAAUUACAGUAUAUUAUUGAUUUUUUUAUGAGAAAGCACUUGUAUU